CCCCAAUGGGAUGGGGCGGAGCCUAGAGAGCGCCUAACUCCGCGCGCGCUCCCGGUGGCUAAAGUCCCGGGAAUUUCCCAGCGGGGAGCCCUCCAAGUGGGAUCGCCUUGCAGAGGGGUGUGUGCGCGCGCGCAGGAGAAAAGAAAACACUUGAAUGGAACUGAAGUAAAGGUUUGUGGCCCAAGACAGAAUUUGCAGAGAUCUUUCUUGUAAACAAACGAGAGUACCUUAAACCUAAACCAUGGGCAGGCCUAGAAAAUAUUCUGACAAUGUUGCGUCACCUCGGCCUGCUGCCACAGCUCCGAAAGCAGCCUCCGCGGUUGCCCAGUCUUCGGUUUCCUCCAGAACCGCCUCUGCAAAGACCAGAGCGCCAAGUGCCCCAGCUUCUAAGAGUGAAAACAGCAGACGAGGGGAAGGAGAAAAGCCGGCCUAUGUCCCAAGUCCCAGAGCAUCAGCACAAAGCUCUCAGACGAGGUCUGCCGCAGGGCACGGUGGUAAGCAAGGAGACACAAGCCGCGGAGCAAAAGCCAAGACCUCUGCAGCUGCUGGAGACUUCAAAUCCCCUGCUUCUGGUCCUAAAGCCACCACAGGGACCUCUGAGAGUCCGCGGCAGUCUGCGGCCAAGCCCCAAAGCAAAGGCACCCAUUUUGUUUCGCCCAUCUCCACGGAAAAGGUGGCCGAAAUCGAGAGGGAGACGCGGGGUCAGCGGGCUAACCCCGAGUGGUACAAAUGGCGAGAAAACCGCAUUACGGCUUCCGUGGCUCCCAAAAUCGCCAACAGCAAGUUUGCGAACGGCCGGAGCUCCGAAGUGCCUCGGUCGUACCUGAAGGCCGUGGUGGAGCCUGGCUCCUCUGUGCAGACGCCGGCCAUGUCUUGGGGGGUCAGGAAUGAGAAGAAAGCGAUCCGGGCCUACGAAGCGCUCAAGUCCAGCAAGGGGGAGAAGCCGGUGAAGGUUGACGAUUGUGGGCUCUUCAUUGAUAAAAAGAAAGCCUGGCUUGCUGCGAGCCCUGACGGGGUUGUCCGAGAAGCCGGUACGGGCAAGGACCUGGGGCUGUUGGAGGUCAAGUGUCCCUAUAAGCACAGAGAGAAGACGGUGACAGAAGCUUGCAAGGACAAGACGUUCUGCUUGGAGAAGACGGGGGAUUCCUACGCCUUGAAGAAAACACACCCCUAUUAUGUCCAGGUUCAGUGCCAGAUGGGAGUCAGCGGCCAUAAAAAAGCUGACUUAGUGGUUUUCACCAAUAAAGAAACAGCCAUUGCUCCGGUAGAUUUUGAUCCAGCUUUCUGGGAGAAAACUGUUCCCAAACUGGAGAAGUUUUACACCGAUGCUGUUGUCCCUCAUCUGGAGGAGAAAGAAAGCGCUGCCGCCUGGGCUAGAGAAGAAUAAAGCUGUGAAAAGUUACUUUUUUUUGGAUUUGGGAUCCCAGAAUCCUCCAAACCAUGGCUUAGGUGGAGCAAAGUUGCAAGGACUUAAAAUCCAAGUUCUGAGAAAUCCUUAUGCUGUGCCUUCUGUCUGAAGUGUAUUCUUGUUUCUUACCCGUUUCUUGCCAACCAGCACAAAAUGACCGAUUGCCCUUCCGUGCCUUAACAUGCCUUUGCAAAUAUUCAUUGAGCUAACCCAGCAUUGCCUGCCGUCAGCUUGGCAGCCACUUGUACAAAAGAGUAUCGGAGCUCCAGCAGCCCAGUUUGUCCUUGUCCAUCUUGAAUGAGGCAGAGUGCACACUUGUGCUUCUUCCAGAAGAGAUGGUUAAGUUGUGUAAACGGCUUUCCACUGCUUCUGCUAUGAGAGAUGGUUCAAAGAUGAUGUCCCUCUAAGAAGCAAAGUGGUCUGCUAAACGUGAUAGUAGGUGGGCACUAGGGGUGGGAAGAGCAAAAAGAUAAAAUGGAUAGUCAUUUGCUCUCCCCAGAUAACUGGCAAUUGCAUCAGUUUAAUUCUUGCCUGUCUGGGUCAUGUUCAUCAAAGUUUUGUGUUCUAUCUUCUAGCAAUUCACGCACACUGUAACGUUCUUGUGACUUAACCUUUUUGGACCUGUGAUAGUAUUAGUACAGAAGACUGUCUUGGCUUUUGAAACAACUUGUGCUUGGAAAGUCUAAAUAUCAAUUUAGUUUAUCUUGAGAAAAUGUUCUUUUAAGAAUGUCAGUUUUGUUUAGACCUAGAGUUUCUUCUGGUUUACCUUUGGUGAUAGGACACCCAGUUUAAAAAAAAGUUUGCAGAACAUGAUUGCUUUCUAAAACUUGCCUAUAAUCUGUUGUCCAAAAUGAAGCAUCAUGUCCAAAUAAAAAUAUUUACUGUGCA